AUGGCAAAAUUUGUACUUAAGAUUGCGGUGCAGUAUUUUUUAAUGGUCAUUAUUACAAUUUGCACAACUGUCGCGGAUUAUCACGAAAAAAAUAAUAGUACGAGUAAUGAAACUAAUCAUAGUACCAGUAAAAACUACUCAUCAAGCAGUAACACGCAGGCGCGAAAUAGCACAACAACCAAUGAAAACGGGACGUUCAUCCUUUACUACAAUGCAACUUCGAGUAAUAUCAGUAGCAUCUUCAACGAGACUGAUUUAGGUGAAAGUAAUUUUGACGAGACUGAUGUCGAUAAGACUAAUGUCAACGAAACUAAUUUUAAUAAACAUGAUCAUAACGCCAGUGUAAAUCAUACUUUCGCAAUCAGUGUCUUCAAUGAAACCAUUUCCAACCAGACUAGUGUAGCCGAGAACAAAAAUGGCACUGCAACUGUCGACGGGAGUGUCACGACUGUCGAUAAAAAUGAAACCACCGUUUGCAAAACUGAAAAGGUUACAAAUGAAGACGGCGGCACUACUGUUAAGCAGACUGUUAUAACGAAAGACAGCGACAUCACAACUGUUGAUCAGACUAACGUCUUUGGAAACAAAGAUGGAACUGCUACUAUUGAAGAGAUAGUGACAGUUGCCGACGAUGACAAAAUAGUAGUCAAUCAGACUGGUGUAACUACAAACAAAAAUGGUGUCGUAAAUUGGGAUCCUGUUUUUACAGUCGAACGUGAUAACCAGACCACUAUUUAUAAGACUGACGUCACCAAGAACAAAGAUGGCACGAUAAUUGUUGAUGAAUUUGUUACCACGAAGACUAAAGAUGGUGACACUGUUCAUCAUACUGUCAAACAUGAAGACGCCAAUGGUGGGACUAGAGUUCUAACCAAUACUGUUACUCUGCAUCUUCAUCUACCUCUAGCUCAACCUCCACCUCUGAGUACAAACAUAUCUCACUUAGCAUUGGCGUCUAAAUCUACCAGUGGUCUCUUAAACUCUCAUUGA